AUGACGAAUGGCAAAUCAAUUGCUGAUUUUUUGUCAAGAACAAUGGCAAUAGUCAGUCAGAUGCGUACCUAUGGAGAAAAAAUCUCAAACGAAACAAUUGUUGCAAAGGUGUUGAGAAGCUUGAUUCCAAAGUUUGACCAUGUGGUGGCUACCAUAGAAGAAGCUAAGGAUCUAUCCAUACUCUCAGUUGAUGAACUGAUGGGCUCGUUUCAAGCUCAUGAGGCAAGAAUCAAUAGAUCAUUAGAAAGGAACAAAGAAAAGGCACUACAAGUGAAGGAGACAACCAACAAUGAAAACAACAAAAGAGAAAAUAUUUAUUUAGCAGGUAGAGGUAGAAGUCGUGGAAGAGAAGGAUUUUGCAGCUUCCAUGGUGGUCGUGAUAACAGGGCAGAGAAUGAAGAAGAAGAAGAAAAGUUGUUUGUGGCAUACAUGGAUACUAAUCCGAAAAAAGGUGACUUAUGGUUUGUUGAUAGCGGAUGCUCGAACCAUAUGACAGGCACCAAAUCCUUAUUCAAAGAGCUUGAUGAGACACAAAAAAUUAAGGUGCAACUUGGAAAUACAAAAGAGAUGCAAGUUGAAGGAAAAGAUACAGUGAAAGUUGAAACCCGUCAUGGGUACAAUUUAUUGAGUGUUGAACAAUUGAUGACUAGAGGACAUUCAGUUCUAUUUGAUGACAACACAUCUGUCAUUACACAUAAGAAAUCAGGCCAUAAAGUUCAAAAUGUCAGUACUUCAAAUAAGAUGUUUCGACCAGAUGUUUCUAACAUGGAGGAUUUUGCUUUUACUGCAAGCACGAAAGAUGACUCAACAUUAUAG